AUGAAACCAGGCGAAUAUAACAUACCAAAAGGAUAUCCUCAAAAUUCUCAACCUCCUUUAGGUCCUCCUCAACCCGGCCAAUAUGGAGCACCACAACAAGGAUACCCACCACAACAAGGUUACCCACCACAAUAUUCUCAACAACCUUUAGGCCCACCACAACCUGGACAAUAUGGAGCACCACAACCAGGUCAAUAUGGAGCACCACAACCAGGUCAAUAUGGAGCACCACAACCAGGUCAAUAUGGAGCACCACCACCACAAGCAGGACAAUAUGGCCAACCACCACCACAAGCAGGUCAAUAUGGUCAACCACCACCACAACAAUAUAAACCACAAGCAGGUCAAUAUGGUCAACCACCAUAUGGCCAACCACCACAAGCAGCAGGUCAAUAUGGUCAACCACCAUACGGUCAACCACCUUAUGGUGCACCACCACAAGCAGGCCAAUAUGGCCAACCACCUUAUGGUGCACCACCACAAGCAGGUCAAUACGGUCAACCACCAUAUGGCGCACCACCACAAGCAGGUCAAUACGGUCAACCACAACCAAUGGGAUAUGGUAAACCAGCACCAACUAUGCCAGGUGUAUCAUUAGUUAAAUUCUUUGAUCAUGUUAAACAUCGUUAUGCAAGAGAUUAUACACUUAUUAUCGAUAAGAGUGGUAGUAUGAGUGGUGGUUUAUGGAAACAAUGUGAAGCAGCAGUAGCAAAAAUUGCACCAUUUGCAUGUGGAGCAGAUCCAGAUGGUAUUAAUAUUUAUUUCUUUGGAAGUCCAAGUUCUAGACAUCCAAAAUAUGAAAAUAUUAGAGAUGCACAAACAGUAAUGGGAUUAUUUGCAAGAGAAAAACCAAGUGGUACUACAGAUUUAUAUGGUGUUUUAAACCAAGCUAUUAAUGAUCACUUUGUAAAAGGUAAUAAACCAGAAACUAUUUUGGUUAUUACUGACGGUAUUCCAAACUCUGAAUCCGAUGUUAAAAAAUUAAUUAUAUCAACAACUAAAAAACUUAAUAGAGAUGAAGAUCUUUCAAUUUCAUUCAUUCAAAUUGGUAAUGAUAGAUCAGCUUCUAAAUUUUUAAAGAAAUUAGAUGAUAAUUUAAAGAAGGAAGGAGCUCGUUUUGAUAUUGUCGAUGUGCAAACAUUUGAAGAUCUUAAACAUUUAACAUUUGAACAAUUGAUUGAUUUGUCAAUUGACGAUUAG